CUCCAGGUGCAAGGCGUAGCGAUGGGGACAUGUUGUGCCCCAUCCUACGCCAAUCUGUACCUGGGGGAGUGGGAGCGAUCCCUCCCAGACGAUGAUAACCUCGUCGUGUACCUCCGCCACAUUAAACUGUGGCGGAGGUAUAUUGAUGACAUUUUCAUCGUCUGGGAUGGUCCCGAAGAGGACCUCCUUGCCUUCUUCAACGCAUUGAACAUCAACGACUUUAAUCUGACAUUCACUAUGAUACAUGACAAAAAUACUUUAACUUUCCUUGAUGUGAAAUUGUUCAUUGAUCCUGACAGAUACCUACGCAGUACUCUGUUUCGGAAAGCUACAGCAGGCAAUACCAUCUUACACUUUGACAGCCACCAUCCAAUUCCCUUAAAAAGUUCCAUCCCUUAUGGGCAAUAUUUGCGGCUCCGCCGCAAUUGCUCAACAGACUCGCUCUUCAGGGAGGAGGCAGACCAACUCCAGACUAGACUUCUAACCAGAGGAUAUAGUAGAAAAUGCCUGCGCAGGGCCUAUAACCGAUCCUCUACUCAAUUAAGAAAUGAUCUCUUAUCGAAAAAGAAAACUAUAACUGACUUCAAAUCCGAGACCACUAGACCAGUCUUCCGCUACUCUUUGCAACACAAAGCGAUAAAAGACAUAAUACAGAAACACUGGACAAUCUUAACCGAUGACCCUAAAAUUAAUCCCUUCAUUACUACACAUCCCUCCAUUAUACAUAGGCGGGCCAUGUCUAUUAGGGAUUCUUUAGUGUCUAGUGAGUUCAAGGAUACUACAAAUGAGAAACUACGGUGUUCCCUACCUGGUACCUUCCAGUGUGGACACUGCUCAUGCUGUUACCUAAUAAGAAGAGAAAAAACCUUUAGCCUCCCAAAUGGCGAGACUUUCAAGCCCAAAUAUUUUGUGAAUUGCCGCACACGCGGAGUGGUGUAUCUCAUGGAGUGCGAGUGUGGGGCCUAUUACAUAGGUAAAACUAAACAGGAAUUCCAAAAACGAAUCUCCAAACACAAGUAUAGUAUGACCAUUGGGAACAUUUACCUCCCCAUAGGGAGGCAUGUUGCCCUCUCUCAUAACUAUCGUGUACCACACGUAAGUUUUGCCGCCCUCGAUCAUGUUCUUGUUCCAGAUCGGGGAGGCGACUGGAAUAAAACCUUACUACAGCGCGAACAGAAAUGGAUAUUCAGGCUGGGGGCUACUCAGCAACCAGGCCUGAAUGAUGCCCUUUCAUUCGCCCCCUUUUUAAAGGGUUUCACCUCGGGAAAAACCCAAUAAAAUUGUUCUAUGUAUAUAUUAUACUCUUGACUAAAUACCAACACAUGUCACGUCCAUGGCACCACUAGCAGAAUUAAUAUAUGGCCAAUAUCCAUAUAU